AUGAUAAUCGGCAGACAAUUGUCAAACACAGAGACAGAUAUCCCGCACACAGACAUCCAUAGAUCCAACUUCUCUAUAAUGAACGGCCAGUUGCACGACAAAAGUGUUUAUUAUAGGGAGGGUUCAUCCAAAGGAGGUUCUAUCAUAGGAGGUGUUCAUCCAAGAGAAGUUCACCCAAGAGAAGUUGCACUUAAUCAACGAAACCAUUGCACCGAUUAUAACGCAAUGCAUCGCAUAACGGGUGGACUGCAUUUGGGCGGCUAUUUGGCCGCAACAGUCGAGUCGGCGCUCCGGGAGGGCAACAUCGGUACAAUACUCACCGUAAUGGACACCCCUAUACCCACUGAACACCGAUUCCCGGGCAUUGCCUACCACUGGAUCCCCGCCUACGACGACGAGUAUCAAAACCUAUUGUCACACUUCCCGCUGGCUUACGAUAUAAUCGAGAACGGGUUGGCCGCGAGUCCUGACGCCGGCGUAUACGUGCACUGCGCGGCCGGCAUAUCCCGAUCGGCCACUACUGUCAUCUCGUAUAUCAUGCGAAACAUGCGGAUGCCGUACGAGACGGCCCGGGCGUUGGUCGGCUCGCGGCGGGGCGUAAUCAACCCAAACCCG